GAACUAGAACAAUCGACACUAUCGUUAAAAAACAGCAGCACCGUCUAAAACCCUAAACCCUGGUUACCUCUUAUAAAUACAUUUUUCCAUUUCCGUGCUGACCAAUUUCCUCUUCCGGCCAUGGCAGCUGCCACCGCCUUGCUCCGCUCUCUCUGUCGCCGCGAUGUCACCUAUGCUUCCUUCUCUGUCUAUCGCUCGUUGACGGGCAGCACUAAGCCAGCUUAUGUUGCUCACAAGUGGUCAAGUUUGUCUCGACCAUUCAGUUCAAGGCCGGCUGGAAAUGAUGUCAUUGGCAUUGAUCUGGGUACAACGAAUUCAUGUGUUGCUGUUAUGGAAGGAAAGAAUCCCAAAGUUAUUGAGAAUUCUGAAGGCUCUCGAACCACGCCAUCCGUGGUUGCCUUCAACCAGAAAGGUGAGCUGCUUGUGGGUACACCAGCCAAACGCCAAGCCGUAACCAACCCAACAAACACUGUAUUUGGUACCAAGCGUUUGAUUGGUAGGCGAUUUGAUGAUGCUCAAACACAGAAGGAGAUGAAAAUGGUUCCGUACAAGAUUGUUAAGGCUCCAAAUGGAGACGCAUGGGUUGAAGCUAAUGGGCAGCAGUAUUCUCCUAGCCAAAUUGGUGCCUUUGUUCUCACCAAGAUGAGGGAAACUGCAGAAUCUUAUCUUGGAAAAUCAGUUUCUAAGGCUGUAAUUACUGUACCAGCUUACUUCAAUGAUGCUCAGAGGCAGGCAACAAAAGAUGCUGGUAGGAUUGCAGGACUUGAUGUGCAGAGAAUUAUCAAUGAGCCUACUGCUGCUGCACUUUCAUAUGGGAUGAACAACAAGGAGGGUCUCAUUGCAGUUUUUGAUCUUGGAGGUGGAACGUUUGAUGUGUCCAUCUUAGAAAUUUCUAAUGGUGUUUUCGAGGUGAAAGCAACAAAUGGCGACACUUUCUUGGGAGGAGAGGAUUUUGACAAUGCCUUAUUAGAGUUUCUGGUGAAUGAAUUCAAGAGAACUGAGAGUAUCGAUCUCUCAAAGGACAGGCUUGCCCUGCAGAGGCUUCGUGAAGCUGCUGAGAAGGCUAAGAUAGAACUGUCUUCAACAUCUCAAACCGAGAUCAACUUGCCCUUCAUCACCGCUGAUGCAUCUGGUGCUAAGCAUCUGAACAUCACAUUGACUAGAUCUAAGUUUGAGGCUUUAGUAAAUCAUUUGAUUGAAAGGACUAAGGCACCGUGUAAGAGCUGCUUGAAGGAUGCUAACAUAUCUGUCAAAGAUGUUGAUGAGGUUCUUCUAGUUGGAGGGAUGACCCGUGUGCCUAAAGUCCAAGAGGUGGUUUCCGAGAUCUUUGGAAAGUCUCCUAGUAAAGGAGUAAAUCCUGAUGAGGCAGUUGCCAUGGGAGCAGCAAUCCAGGGUGGUAUCCUACGUGGAGAUGUUAAAGAGCUACUACUCCUGGAUGUCACACCACUCUCUCUGGGUAUUGAAACUUUGGGUGGUAUCUUUACGAGGUUGAUCAACCGUAACACUACUAUUCCGACCAAAAAGAGUCAGGUGUUUUCAACAGCAGCUGACAAUCAAACUCAGGUAGGUAUCAAGGUGCUACAAGGUGAGCGGGAAAUGGCUACAGACAACAAAAUGCUUGGAGAGUUUGAGCUCGUUGGCAUUCCUCCUGCCCCCAGAGGUUUACCUCAGAUUGAGGUAACCUUCGACAUUGAUGCCAAUGGGAUUGUUACUGUCUCUGCUAAAGACAAGUCCACUGGUAAAGAACAACAGAUCACCAUUAGGUCAUCUGGUGGACUUUCAGAGGAUGAGAUUGAGAAGAUGGUCAAAGAAGCAGAGUUGCAUGCUCAAAAAGACCAGGAGCGAAAGGCUCUCAUUGACAUUAGAAACAGUGCAGAUACUACCAUCUACAGUAUGGAAAAGAGUUUAGGUGAAUACCGAGACAAGAUUCCCACUGAAGUUGCCACAGAGAUUGAGGAUGCAAUUUCAGAUUUGAGAAAGGCCAUGUCAGGGGACAAUGUUGAUGAAAUUCAGUCAAAGCUUGAUGCUGCAAACAAAGCUGUCUCCAAGAUAGGGGAGCACAUGUCAGGUGGUGGCUCUAGUGGCGGUUCUUCGGCUGGAGGUUCUCAGGGUGGGGACCAGCCUCCCGAGGCAGAAUAUGAGGAGGUGAAGAAAUGAAACGUUUAGUGGUUUGUUACCAGUUUCUUUUUGUGUCUAGAUAACAAAUUAAGAUGAAUGAACUCUUUUCAGUAAGUAGAAGAUGUAAGGUAACUUAUUUUUGUAUUAAUGUUGGAGGUCAUUUUUUUAAAAGGA